UCGCACAACACACACUCACAGAUCAAAUGUCGUUAUAGCGAAACAGAGCUAAUUGGCUGGAUACUUCAGAACUUCAAAGCUGGAAAAGUGGCAUUGUACAUAUUCAGGCCAGAUUUUAUUAUUAUACCAACUCCCGCUAUGGAACGUAAAUAUACAAUAACACAUAUUCUAAUUGAAUAGGGUUGAAUUUCAAAGGCAAUUAGAACGUGUAGAAUGAACGUGUACUUUAGAUAUAGCUUUUUCAGCUACAAUUCGUAUGAAAGAAAGGUUUCAAACGGUUCAUUUGCACACAGCGAACAAACCAAACAUACAUGAAUGAAAAGAAAACAAUAACAAGCAUCGGAGGUAAUCACAGUGCAAAUACGGCAAUGUUCGGCUAAAUGCUGUGGCCAGAGCACGGCGGCGAGUCAAAUAGUCGAGUCUCUUUAUGCAGGUGAAGUGAAACUCACACUUCUCAUUUGCAUACACACUAAUUUAAGUAUUAUUUCCAAAGACCACGAUACCAACACAAUAGCCAAAAGACAAGCACUGGUCAGGCCAGGUCAUUAGUUACAAAUUACUAAGUAACUGUUACAGUAGAGGUAUAUAAGCCGGGCGCGGUGUAGCGGCGGACAUUGUGUGCACAGCUCCGAUACAACUCCAACAAUGAAGUCCAUGGUUAUUGUCGCAGUGCUGGCCUUCCUGGCGGUCGCCAGCGCCAAGCCUUUCCUCGGCGAGUUGGGAGCUGGUCUUGGCGAAGUAGGAGCUGGCCUUGGAGCCGGCCUUGGUAACAUCGGAGCUGGACUUGGUGUCGGGAUCGGAGCCGGACUUGAAGGGCUCGGUCUGGGAGGUGGCCUUGGUGGGCUCGGCGGGGGUAUUGGACUGGGCGGGCUCGGCGGCGGCCUAGGCCUAGGGGUGGGUGAAAGCUACGGAUCAGGCGGCGGUUACGGCCAAUCCGGCUACGCUGGUGGUAGCAACGGCUACGGCAACAGCGGUUACGGUGGAGGUGCUGUGAACGUGGGCCAUGACAUCGGUCACCAGGAGAGCGACUUCAGUCAGGAGGUUCACCACCACGAGUCGUCUGGUCACGAUGUCGGAGGAGCCAUGGAGGUCGGCCAAGGAGGACACAACCUGUAUGGACACAACAACUACGGCGCUGGACAAUCAGGUUACGGCCAGAACUACAACCAAGGCGGAUUUUUAGCGUAAAUAUGUACAUUUUAAUAGGUACUAUACCAAUAAACAUUUUGCAUCACUUCA